AUGAACACCUCUCAGCCUGUGCUCACUUUCAAGGUGCCCGCCGACUUCAACCCCAACGAAAACUACCUGAUCCUUGCCAUCCAUGGCAAUUGGGAGCAGCCGUACGGGCCUGAGCAUCCCGCUGCCUUUGACGUCGCUCUGCUGGACGCUCAGGACGAAGCCGUGCUUGCCUUUGGCAACCCCAAGCUGGACCAGCGCACACGCAACCGCAACCUCGGCACCAAUUUCGGCAUUCACUACAAGACCAGGUUCACUGAUGUCGACCUUCUGCCGGGCACAGGCGUUGUCGUGCGUCUCACUGUCGUCAGCAGCAGCAUGUGGGACGCGGAAGUGAGCGUGCGCCUGUAUUGGACGCCACCUCCCUUGCCGUCGCCGUCACCCCUGCCAGCAAGCCCCAGCCCAUCGCCUUCAACGGACGCGUCGCCGUCUCCAUCUCCAGCGCCGGCGUCGCCAAGCCCGGUGAUCCCCUCUGCUUCUCCAAGCCCCUCACCCUCCACCGAGGGCGGGCGCUCCCCGUCGCCCUCGCCACCGUUGGCGCCCAGCCCUAGCCCUGAAGAGCCCCAGGCAUCCCGGUCACCUGCGCCCGAGGAGCCCAGCCCUUCGCCAUCGGUCGUGCCGAGCCCGACACCAGCGGCGCCGUCCCCUUCACCGUCAACAGCAGGCAAUGGCACGCGCCACACCCCACGCCUCAUUGCACCCGAUGCCACCGAGGUGCCCAUCCCCCACGAGACCCUGGUGCUCACCUUUGUCUCCGCGCCCAUCACCAUGGCUUCAAGCUCCGCCGAGCCCGCCGACCCCAUUUCCGCAAUGGACUUCUGGGUGCCAGCUGACUGGCCGCCCCCCAGCUCCUUCAGCCAAGUGGAGCUGAAGGUUCAGGGCACCUGGGCGCCCACCAACAUCAGCAACCCCGACCCUUCAUGGGCCACCGUUGGCGUUCCCCUCGCGCCUCUCGGGGCGGCUCACGCCGCGGAUGCCUGGCUGGCAGUGGAGCAGUCGUCGCUUGCUACUCGCCUUGUCGAUGGCCAGCAGGACAGCCCCUCGCCCUCUCCUGCGGCGGAGGACAGUCCAUCGACCUCUCCUGCAGUGGAGGACAGCCCCAAGCCCUCACCGCCUGUCGAGGACAGCCCCUCGCCCUCUCCUGCAGUGGAGGACAGCCCCUCGCCCUCGCCAGCUGUGGAAGACAGCCCCUCGCCCUCGCCAGCGGUGCAAGACAGCCCCUCACCCUCUCCGGCUGCUCAGGACAGUCCCUCGCCCUCUCCUGCGGCGGAGGACAGCCCAUCGCCCUCUCCUGCAGUGGAGGACAGCCCGUCGCCCUCGCCAGCUGUGGAGGACAGCCCCUCGCCCUCUCCUGCAGUGGAGGACAGUCCCUCGCCCUCCCCUGCCGUCCAAGACAGCCCGUCGCCCUCACCUCCUGCAAACAGCCCAGCCAACAGCCCUGCUCCCGAGCUUUGCGGCUCUGCCCGCGUCGAUGCUGCCCGCGCGGCAGUGUGCGGCGCCGGCAGCCCUAGCUGCGGCGAUUUGGCGGCUACCGGCGUGCUCAGCGGUAGUGACUGCAGUCCGGAGCGGGCCGCGGAAUCGACGGCACCCAGCAGCGUUUCGGCCCUCACCUUCUACGCUGACACAUCCAGCGGCACCAUCGAGGCCAUCAGCGCGACGACGGCCGCCACCACUAAGGUGUUUGGCAGCGCCGACGCUUCUAUCCAGGCCGCGUCUCAGCCGAGCGGUGACGCCACGGCUGUUACGCCGGCACCACCGCUCCAGCCCGUGCUCUCGGUGGACCUCUCACAUCCUGUCACUGAGAUGACCGCCUGGGUCUACGCCAGCACCCCAACUGACCAGCUGCAGGGCGCUGCCGCCAAGGCAGCUGUGGAAGACCCAAAUACCGCCAGCCGUCGCAGGCUCCUGGGCGAGCUCAGCCGAGCUGUUCGCGCGCGCCAUCUGCUGGCCAAGCCUGCCGCCGAGACUGCGGCUCCUGUUGCCGCUGCAAUGGCCAGCAGCAACGGGGCCAGCAGUGCUGCUCCCCAUGAGCACAAGAAGGCCGGCGUUGUGGGUAUCCGUGUCGUGACGCAAGGCGCGCCCGGCGCGCCGCCGCACGUGAUGGAGUGGGGCAUGGUUCAGCCAGAGGACCAACAAAGCGCGGCCGGUGGCAUCAAGCGCAUCAAGAUGGACGUCGGCAGCGGCAAGCUGGCCGGCGUAGCCUUCUUUGAGGGCUCUGCCAACAGCCAAGACAAGAAGGACCAAGCCUUCGGCUUCACCUUCUUCAAGCUCCCACCGGGCUCGCGUGCCGGCUGCAACUCCGUCAUCGCGCCCUUUGGCAUGUGCGGGGGCGUGCCCGCUGACUGCAUCACCUCCAAGAAGUGCUCCGAGGUGCCCCGGCCAGGCGCUUGCUGCACAGAUGGCUUCGACUGCCUCAGCGACGCCACAGGCACGGCGCCUCUGCGCUGCCUGCCGCCGCUCGGCACGGCGUCGCCGUCCCCGUCUCCGUUGCCGUCGCGGUCCCCCUCGCCGUCACCCUCGACUCUGCCGCCGGCUUCGCCCUCGCCGGGCCCAAGCGACGAUGACAACGAGGCCCCCGCUGACCCCCAGCCCCUCCUGCUUGAGACCAAGGCCACCUACACGAUGCCGCACCCCGUCAACGCCGGCCACGCCAGCGGCAAGGCCGCGACCACAACUCUCAUGCACGCCCGCACCCCCGACGCGCUCGUGCCCGAGAACAGCCGCCUGACUUUGACACUCUCCGGCGCUUGGAAGGCCGCCGAUGGCAGUGAGCCCGACAGCAGGAGCGGCCGCGUCGUGAUCGCCCUGCCGCCGGGCCCCCAAAACGCGACGCGCCCUGCGCUGGCAGCCACGCUGGCGUCACAGUUCAGCGAUGCAGACGGCGGCUCGAGCGAUUUCAGCUACUCUGUGUCUUGGAACAACCUCACGGCCAUGCGGCCAGGCGACCAGCUCACAGUGCUCACGCAGACCCGCGGCGGCCGCUUCACCCAGCUGCUCGCCAAGGUGGAAAUUGUCUGGAUCGCGUCGCAGCUACAGCAGCAGCAGCCGCAGCACCCAGCCCACGGCCACGGCAAGGCCUCCCCCUCGCCGGUGGCGGCACCCUCGCCGAGCCCCACGCCUGGCGGCGCGCUCGCGGACGAGUCGACCACCGUUGUCGCGACGCCGGCGCCUGUCCACUUCAACGGCAAGGGCCUCACCGCCUCCGCGAGCAACCUCACCUUCUGGCCGCUGCUCAACUUCACCGUCCCGCCGGCCUUCAACCCGCUCAACAACUAUGUGGAGCUCUGGACGCGCGGCGAGUGGGUCGCCGACUCAUCUGCGGCGGCGGGCGCGCCACUGGGCGUCGUCGGCGUUGCUUACAACGGCACUCUGCUCGCGUACGCUGUGGCCAGCCACUACACGGACCAUGCCGGGCGGUCGGCAAGCUUCAGCUUUGGCACGCGCUUCGGGAACGUGUCCCUGCCAGCCGGCGCCGUCGCAGAAAUCUGGGCUGGCAUGCGCGCGGGCCACUUCCGCGCGCUGUCCGCCAGUGCCUCGCUCACCUGGUCGCCCGCCGAGGGGGACGCCACCCUACCCGCCUCAUCAGACGGCGAUGCCGCGCAGAACGGCGCCCUGUCGCCUGCAAUCGAGCAGAAGGCCACCGUCGCCAUGGCCAACACCCGCACGUUUGCCGCGCCGGCAAAGACCGCCAGCAAGCCCAACGUGGCGGCCAUCCUGAACUUCACAGCACCCCCUGGCUUCAACAAGGCUGAGAACACUGUUGAGAUGUGGCUCACUGGCCAGUGGGACAGCAUCGCCGGAGGCAAGGGCUCCAACCCGGCCAAGCAGCCUCCUAUUGGUGGCGUGGCGCUUGUGCGCGAUGGCCAGGUCCUGGCGUACACCUUCCCUUCAGACGAGGCGAAGGCACAAGGCGGCAAGUUCUUCUACGGCGCGGUGUGGCAGAACGUCGGCCUGCCCUCCGACGGCAUUGUGGAGGUCUGGGCCGGCAUGCAGGGUGGCGCUUUCAAGGGCCUGCACGUCAACAUCACGCUUCAUUGGACCCCCGGCGGCGACGGCAGCGACCCCCUGCAGCCUCCAAGCGCGCCGGUGGACGGCAACCCCCUGAGCGACAACACCACGCUCCAGUCGCCCUCUCCCCUCCCUGCUGGCCCUGAGGUGCCCGCGUUGCCCAGCCCUGCGGUGGCGCCGGGGCAGCUGAACGCCAUCUCCGCCGACACGGCCACCGCGCCCGCGGCUGGCGGAGCGGCCGCAGCUGCAUGCAAGCUCAAGCUGGCGCCUGGGAAGCA